CGGGCGCCCCGCGAGCCGGAGGUGCCGAAGCCAGAGGCCCCGCGGCGCGCGUGCGAGCGCGGCCGGACGGCAGAUUUGAUAAUGGGCUGCAUUAAAAGUAAAGAAAACAAAAGUCCAGCCAUUAAGUAUACACCGGAAAACCCUCCAGAGCCCGUAAGCACAAGUGCCAGUCAUUAUGGAGUGGAACCUUCUACAGUUGCCCCGACCUCCUCCACAAAAGGAGCAUCGGUUAAUUUUAACAGUCUUUCCAUGACACCAUUUGGAGGGUCCUCUGGGGUGACUCCUUUUGGAGGAAUGUCUUCCUCAUUCUCAGUGGUGCCAAGUUCAUAUCCUGCAGGUUUAACAGGUGGUGUCACUAUAUUUGUGGCCUUAUAUGAUUAUGAAGCUAGAACUACAGAAGACCUUUCAUUUAAGAAGGGUGAAAGAUUUCAGAUAAUUAACAAUACGGAAGGAGACUGGUGGGAAGCAAGAUCAAUUGCUACUGGAAAGAAUGGCUAUAUUCCUAGCAAUUAUGUAGCACCUGCAGAUUCCAUUCAGGCAGAAGAAUGGUAUUUUGGCAAAAUGGGGAGAAAAGAUGCAGAAAGAUUACUUCUGAAUCCUGGGAAUCAGCGAGGUAUAUUCUUAGUAAGAGAAAGUGAAACUACUAAAGGUGCUUAUUCCCUCUCAAUUCGUGAUUGGGAUGAGAUAAGGGGUGACAAUGUGAAACAUUACAAAAUCAGAAAACUUGACAAUGGUGGCUAUUACAUCACGACCAGAGCUCAAUUUGAUACUCUGCAGAAACUGGUGAAGCACUACACAGAGCAUGCUGAUGGUUUAUGCCACAAGUUAACAACUGUGUGUCCAACUGUGAAACCGCAGACUCAAGGUCUAGCAAAAGAUGCUUGGGAAAUCCCUCGAGAAUCUUUACGACUAGAGGUUAAACUAGGUCAAGGAUGCUUUGGCGAAGUGUGGAUGGGAACAUGGAAUGGAACCACAAAAGUAGCGAUCAAAACACUAAAGCCAGGUACAAUGAUGCCGGAAGCAUUCCUUCAAGAAGCUCAGAUAAUGAAAAAAUUAAGACACGAUAAACUUGUUCCACUAUAUGCGGUUGUUUCUGAAGAGCCAAUUUAUAUUGUCACUGAGUUUAUGUCAAAAGGGAGCUUGUUAGAUUUCCUUAAAGAAGGAGAUGGAAAAUAUUUGAAGCUUCCACAGUUGGUCGAUAUGGCUGCUCAGAUUGCUGAUGGUAUGGCAUAUAUUGAAAGAAUGAACUAUAUUCAUCGAGAUCUCCGAGCUGCUAAUAUUCUUGUAGGAGAAAAUCUUGUAUGCAAAAUAGCAGAUUUUGGCUUAGCAAGAUUAAUUGAAGACAAUGAAUACACAGCAAGACAAGGUGCAAAAUUUCCAAUCAAGUGGACAGCUCCUGAGGCUGCACUAUAUGGUCGAUUUACAAUAAAGUCAGAUGUGUGGUCAUUUGGAAUUUUACAGACAGAGCUGGUAACAAAGGGGAGAGUGCCAUAUCCAGGUAUGGUAAACCGUGAAGUUCUGGAACAAGUGGAGCGAGGAUACAGGAUGCCUUGCCCUCAGGGCUGUCCAGAAUCCCUCCAUGACUUGAUGAAUCUUUGCUGGAAGAAGGAUCCUGAUGAGAGACCAACAUUUGAAUAUAUUCAGUCCUUCUUGGAAGACUACUUCACUGCUACAGAGCCACAGUACCAACCAGGAGAAAAUUUAUAAUCCAAGCAGCCUGUGUGCACAGAUCUGCUGAAACAUAAAGACCUUGUGUCAGUUCCUCCUGCACAGGAAUAAGAAGAUGACACUAUUCGCUCUGCAUGUAAACUGGUAAACUGGAAUUACAGAUAUGGUUGCACAAAACCACUUUUUCCCCAAGUGUUAAACUCUAAAGUACCAAUGAUGCAUCCUACAACUCACUUCAGGGUCCAAAGCAAGUAGAACUGAGAUAUUGUGACUGUGUGGGUGGUACCAUGGUAAGAAAGAGCAACAAGACUACUGUUUACUUAGUCGCUUCCUUUUCUUCCCCAAACUCAGAAUUGCUAAGAGAAAACUAUUUAUUGUUAUGGACAAAACUUGGGCCAUUAUACCACAGUAACAUCUAAAAUCAAAGAACUUCCUGGGACCAAAUAACUCCAUUCCAGCUUUUAAAUUUUCUUCCUUUUUUUAGAAAAAAAAAAAAAAAUUUUUUUUGAGUUUGUUUUUUCCAUUUAACAGUUGGCAUGCAGUCUUAACAGAGGCCUCCUUUGUGUGAAAAGGGGCCAAGUCUUCCAAAAGCCAAAAAUGAAUUAUGAAUUAUAAAUGUCAUCAAAAACUUGAUUAAUGUGAGACCACAGUUAUGGAAUUUGCAAGCAUAAUACACUAUGUUCACACUUUAUUCAUAGAACUGGAAAGUAGAAAAAAACAAAAUUUUCACUUCAGUUAUUUCUUGAACUGUUCAUCUUAAAAUAAUGAAGGUAACCAGAAAGUGGAUUAAUCUUUUACAAGCUUGUAUUGAUUUAAAUAUAUAUAUAUAUAUAUAUAUAUAUAUAUAUAUAUAUAUAUAUACAACUGAAAUUAAACUAUCUAGUCCAAGGGAGAUUUUUUUUUAAUACUUGCAUUAAAUACUUGCAUUAAAUACAUAGCAUUUAAGCAGUCAAUUAAAAAAGCACAGAUGGAGCACUGUGAGGCGUUGCUAGUAUGUGUUUAUGGUGAUGCCUCCACAGACAGAAAACAUCACUAGAUCAGGGACUUGGAUGCACUUUGCUUGUCUUGAGUAUAAAACAGAAGAGAGAAAAUGUAUUUAAAGAAGUAUGAGAAAAGAGAAUGUGAAAGUUUUACAGGUAUUGGGAUGGGAGGAAUGUUUAAUGUUGGUGUUGUGGAGUGACAACAUGGCUUUGCUGGCACUCAGAGUUCCUUAUUAGCUGUUUUCUUAGACUUUAAAAGUUAUAAAGAAUAUACUAAUAUUUCAUACACUAAAUAAGUUUUACUUCCUCAAAAUAGUGACGAUAAGGCUUUACACUAAUUUCAGUGGCCCAGCUUUUAUACAAAACUUUUUUAGAACACCAAUUUUCAAAUCUAUGUUUGAAACUUGUAACUUCAAACUUGUAAUUUCAAAUAUGCUUGAUGGUUAUCAUAUUUUCGUUUUAUAAUUAAUUUGAGGAAGAAUACUUAUUCUGAGUACCAUAAUUUAAAGGGGCAAGAUUUUGCCUAUUUAAAGUGCAGAAGUUAAACAUCCAAAAUGAGAGUUUUUCUAACUCAGCAAUUAUGAGAUGUUAAUAUGAACUGAGUAGUGUUAAUGGUUUAAGUCUAGCAAGGGAAAACAGUCUGCUAAAUAAAAUAAAAGUUUCUAAUAUUUAUGUUUUAAAUGCUGUGCUUUAUAAUUACACUUUAAGGUAUAUCAAGUUCUUUUAUUUUUAGCAUAUGAUUAUGAACUACCAUCAUUUUAAUCACUAAAUUUAAAGAUCUGUGCCAUGGUAAAUAUGUUCAAAUUUAAAUCUUUUUAAAUGUGACAAGUGAGCUUAAUGCAAGUUGGCAAAAGUUCUGGUACUAAAAGUUGUAUUUGUUUUUCUUUUUAUUUAACCUAUUUAGUACCAAAUCCUCUGCCAAGAGGGUCUCCUGAGAAGAGUGGGUCCGUAUUUGCCCUGAUAUCUGCAGUCUGUGACAUGAGUGUUUUAAAGGGCUUCAUGUAAAUUAUGGUAUUGUAGUUUAUCUAAUCAUUUUUUAAAGGUAAUAAGAUUAUGUUUAUGUACUAAUGCUGAUCAGAAAAAUAAGACAGGAAAAGUUGAUGGCAUUCUUUAGAUCUCUAAAAUCUAAUGUUUUUUAUAUUUUAACUGAACAGAGCAGUUCCUUAUAACAUUUGUAUAGUAAGGGUACAGCAUUAACUUAAUGUGUAUUCAGUUUAAAUUGUUAUGUAUUUUUAAAUUGUCAAGAAAAAGAAACAGUUUUGUACAUUUAAACAUUUUUUUCUCAGCGACUUUCAUCUUCAUUGUCUUAAUAUGAAACUUUAACCCUUACCAAAAAAGGAAGUUGGCAAAAACAGCCUUCUAGCACAAACACUUUUUUAAAUAAAUAAUGGUAGCCAAAAACAAUAUUUUUAUAAAAUAUUGUAAUAUUGUUUUGUGGAUAAUUAAAAUAAAAAUUCUUUGUUGAAUGCA